AUGGCUUGUAAAGCAAAGCUUAUGAUUCCUGAGGAUGAGAAGUACGAAGGAAAGCCAUUUGCCCUUUCACACGCAAGGACCGCCAUUACAACAAUAAAGGCGAAGUUCAAUACGCAGCAGUUACAGAGGUUCGAGGGGAGUUGUUUUGGUCAUCUAUUACUGAUAGAGGACCUGAAGUGGAAUUCACAAGUUGUCCACGGGCUGUUGAUGAGGAAAGCUGAUCCUAAGACAGUUACACAGGUGAACGGGAUAAAAUUCAUUGUGGGUAACAAGUUGAUACAAUUCACAGCCCAACACUUUUGCCUCAUCACGGGCCUAAGGUUCGGAAAGCUCCCUUUCAUUCCGAAGGCGACAAAUGAAAACUGCUCCUUGAAGCGAAAAUACUUCAGUAGCAAUAAACCUCCCACCCUUUUGGACCUACACACUGCCUUCAUUGAGUGCACAGAUGAUGACGAUGCGUUAAAGCUUGGAAUGGUCUAUUUUGCCAUUUUUGUGCUAUUGGGUACUGAAAAGCAUGUGCUUUUUGACUUGCGCUAUUUGAAGUUGGCCGAAGACUUAGAAGAGUUUGACAAGUAUCCAUGGGGUGCCGUGUCAUAUGCGAUGACAAAUGCUUCACUUUUGAGGGCAGUUUCUCCUGAUUACCAACGAGUGAAGGUGCCCCAAAACAGAAAAAAGCCCAACAAACGUGGGAAGAAGAGAGCGGAGACAAGAAUGGAAUGCAGUAGAGCCAGAGAGUACAUCAUAAGGGGGUUUGGCUUCGCUCUUCAGAUUUGGGCUUUUGAAGUCUUCCCAGCAUUGGAAGGAUUGCAUUUCACGGUCCAUGAAGACAAUAGGCACAUCCCUCGAAUAUUACAUUGGAGGAGCAACACGGUGGCCCGUUUUCGGGAGGUUAUGAGUCAGGUUUAUGAAAACUUUGAGGUUGAUGUGCAACUUCUCCGGCCGACUGAUAUUGAGAAGCAACAACCUUACUGGAGUUGGGGCGAUGAUGAGAACAAUGAAGAAAUUGUUCAAUUGUUUGGGGAUGAGGGCGAAGACAAAACCAGCACUUCUAGUGAAGAAAAAGAGGCGGAUGUUGAGGAAACAACUACCCUUCCCUCCUCUUCUAAGGGCAAAGGGUCUUUUAAUGACUUUGGCAGGUUGAAGCAUCAAUUAGAAAGCACUAAGGAUGAGUUAGCAAAGCUACGUAGUUCAAAUCGGGGCCUUAGGAACAGAGUUCGUGAAUUGGAAGCUAUUGUAGACAAGAACUGUUUGAAGCAUGAGAAGGAGUGUGACAGAAAUAAAAAGGCUAUUGGGGAUUUGACCCUAACAAUUGCUUCAGUGGAACAUUAUUUUAAAUUGGAGAUGGAGGAGUUAAAAAAUUAUAUGGUGGACAAGGGCAUGAGGAAGUGUGGACUGCUCAGAUGA